AUGCAGGGCUUCAACAUGGGGCGGUAUUAUCCGCCAGAUGCCUCCAACCCGCCGAGCUUCAACAAUAACUCGCAUCCUCUCGGCAAACGUGCAAACAAGAUCUCCCAGGGCAUCCUCACUGUUCGCUUCGAGCUUCCCUUUGCCGUGUGGUGCGACCACUGCACCCCUCCAGCCAUCAUCGGCCAGGGCGUGCGUUUCAAUGCCGAAAAGAAGAAGGUAGGUAACUAUUACAGCACACCAAUAUGGAGUUUUCGUAUGAAGCACAGUGCCUGCGGUGGAUGGUGGGAGAUUCAGACCGAUCCAAAGAAUAGCGAGUACAAAGUCGUUGAAGGUGCGCGGCGGCGAGACUACGGACCGGGAGACAAAGGACCGGAAGCUGAGGGAGAGCUCAAAUUCUUAACCGAUGAAGAACGCCAGAGACGGAGGGAAGAUGCUUUUGCGAGCCUUGAGGGAAAGCUAGAAGAUAAGAACGCGGAAAAGAAACAUAAAGAAAGGGUGGAGGAGCUCUACGAUCAAAGCGAAGUCUGGCGAGACCCAUACGACGUGAACGCACGACUCAGGAAAGAUUUCCGUGUGAAGAGAAAGGUCUGGAAGAAGGAAGAGAUGCAAAAAGAGGGUAUACAAGCAAAGUUUAGCCUUGGACUGGAUAUUGCGGACGAGACAGAGGCAGACCGGACGCGUGCCGGCUUAGUCGAUUUUGGUGCAAGCGCUUCGGGCGACCGAGAACUCGAGCAACAGUCGUGGAAGCCGAUUUUCGAGGAGAAAGAUACUACAAAGACUGUUAAGCCUGUUACAAAGACGAGAAAGCUGAAGACAGAGCUGGCAGCAGAGAAAAGUCGACAGGGAUUGCAACAAACGCUUAUUGGCAACACGCGAGCAGCAAUCGACCCUUUUCUAUUAAAAGACAGCGGACAGGUGUCGAGAAUUAAUCUGGGCAUUUUGAAGAGGAAGCGAGAUCCCCCAGCUGAAGAAGAAGUCUCUACACCAUUGCCGGUGGAAACUGGUGAUGCGACACCGGCCAAGAAACCUGCUUUGCUAUCAGCACUAGUAGGCUAUGACUCGGAUUGA